CACGUGGGGGCGGCGGUUAUCACGCCUAAAGAGAACGGGGUCCGGAAGAGGAUCGGCCAAUACAUGGGCCCGGAGACCAUCAGCAACGUGUAUGCGGCCGAACUCCGAGGCCUACAACUGGCCACCACGUGGAUCAGGGUCCUAGGGGUGGACAGGGCCAGGAGGAACGGAGAGGUGCACAUAUUCAGCGACAGCCAGGCUGCGCUGAAAGCCAUGCGCGCCCCGAGGAUGUCCUCUGGCCAGCAGAUAUUAGCCCUCCUGCUCAGGGAGGUCGAAGAGCUCCGCAAGGAGGGAGUCAAAGUCAACUACCACUGGAUCCCAGGGCACGAGGGGGUCCGUGGCAACGAACGCGCAGAU